GCCAAUGGGACACUCUGCUGAGUCUAUGGUCUUUUUUUCCCCUUCGAGUUGCAGCAGCACAGAGUCUGGAGAGAGAGAAAGGAGUGGGCAUAAAAGGCGUCCAGCAUGGCAAAAUGCGGAGAAUGUGGCCCUGGAUAUAAAACUCCAUUGGAUGCAAUGAAAGGUCCCCAGGAAGAGAUCGUAUACCUGCCCUGUAUCUACAGGAACACCGGAAUAAAGAAACCUGAUUAUCUAGCCACGGUGGAUGUCGAUCCGAAAUCUUCGACCUACUGCCAAGUCAUCCAUCGCCUGCCGAUGCCCAACGCCAAAGACGAGCUGCACCACUCCGGAUGGAACGCCUGCAGCAGUUGCUUUGGAGACACGACCAAGAAGCGGAACAGGCUGAUCCUUCCCAGCUUGAUCUCGUCCCGCGUCUACGUGAUCGAUACAGGCACAAACCAGAGGGCUCCCAGGCUUCAUAAGGCGAUUGAGCCCAUUGACAUGUACUGGAAGUGCAACCUGGCCAACCCUCAUACUACCCACUGCUUGGGCAAUGGUGAAAUCAUGAUCAGCACCAUGGGAGACCCUUCCGGCAACGGGAAAGGUGGUUUUGUCCUGCUGGAUGGAGAGACCUUUGAGGUGAAGGGGAACUGGGAAAAAGGUCCCAAGGUCCCGCAGCUCGGCUACGAUUUCUGGUACCAGCCGAGGCACAACGUCUUGAUGAGCACAGAAUGGGGAGUGCCGAAAUGCCUGGCGAACGGGUUUAAUCCGGCCGAUUUGGAAAAAGGCUGCUACGGUGGAAACAUUCAUGUGUGGGAUUGGACCACCCAUGAGCUCAUCCAGUCGAUCGACGUGGGGAAAGGCUCCAUCCCCCUGGAAAUCCGUUUUCUCCACAACCCGGACGCUGCCGAGGGGUUCGUCGGCUGUGCCCUCACCAGCACAAUUCAACGUUUCUACAAGGAUGGGAAUGGAACCUGGGCGGUGGAAAAGGUGAUCCAUGUGCCCAGCAAGAAGGUGGAAGGAUGGCUCCUUCCAGACAUGCCAGGUCUCAUCACAGACAUCCUGAUUUCACUGGACGACCGGUUCCUGUUUUUUAGCGACUGGCUCCAUGGGGACAUCCGCCAGUACGACAUCACCAAUACCCAGAAGCCCAAACUGGUGGGACAGGUGUUUGUUGGAGGGAGCAUUGUCAAAGGUGGUCCGGUCACUGUGAUCGAUGACCCAGAGUUGGCCUGUCAGCCGGAUCCGUUUGUCAUCAAGGGGAAGAGGGUUCAAGGCGGACCCCAAAUGAUACAACUGAGCCUGGAUGGCAAGCGACUGUAUGUCACCACUUCCCUCUACAGCGGCUGGGACAAACAGUUCUAUCCGGACAUGAUCAAGGAAGGCUCCGUCAUGUUACAAAUCGACGUGGACGACAAGAAAGGCGGCUUGAAGGUGAACAAGAAAUUCCUUGUGGAUUUUGGGAAAGAGCCAGAGGGACCAGCGCUUGCUCACGAGAUCCGCUACCCUGGUGGAGACUGCACCUCCGAUAUCUGGAUCUGAGCAAGGGCUUCAGCGGGGCAGAGUACGACAGGUGGGGCCUCUAUAAACAGAUCACAGCUUCAGAUUUCCAUGGCUUUACACGCGCUUUUGAUGCAGAUUGAAGGCUGAUUUAUAAUCAUCCAAGAACAGAGUGGUAAAGCUUUCCCUGGACUCUUACCUGUUUCGAUUACAGGUUGGGGAGUUGUGUGCUUGAAAGCUCUGAGAAAUUCACAUCAAAAACACAUGCAUCCGAAUCCUCCCUGCGCAUAGAAACCUAGUACAUCAGCAAGAAGGGUUAUGACGAUUAGCUUUCUUCUUGAGAUGCUAUUGAUCUAUGUGCAGGGAGUUUGGUUUUAGGGCAGGCAGGGAAGUGCAUUCCAACAUGCCUCUCCCCCAACCUGUAAAUUAAAGUGGUGCAAUCCAGGAAAAGUUAUACCACAUGAUUAUUUUAACUCUGUAAAAACUGCCCUGAGUUCCCCUCUCUCUGUGUGUUCCAUACGUUAGUCUUUCUGGUAUGUUUACUCUGCCCCCGGAAAGGUGUAUGAUGAUCUGGGGAUAUAUCACCGCUGAACUAAAAAGACCAAUCUGAUGGAAUAGUUUGUCUUCGGAGAAAUGGGCAGAGGUGGAAAAAAAAAGAUAUUUAGCUGGCUGGAAUGUAUUGCUUCGUUGUCCAUUCAGAAGUAAGGGCAGGUUGUUUCUUAUGAAAAACAAAGCCACAACCAACCAUGGCCUUACAAAGAUAAAAAACCCACUGGAUUUAUGGUUCUAAAUUGGGGUACCGAACCUCAGAGCUCGGGGGCAAAUCCAGACCUCUAAUGUCCCCCAGAAGGACUCCUUCACUUUACAGUCUGGUGGAUGGAAUUUCGACUCUAGUGGGCCGGACUGGGACCCAAGACAUAGGCUCCAUUCAAAUAAUUUGUUUCUCGACGAUGGUUUUAGAACUCCACGGUGGAGUUUUUUACACCACCUUGGAGAAAUGUGUUGUCUGGCGGGAAAACCCCACCCCAUGGUUUUGGGGGGAAACUCCAUGCAGUGUUGCCAUGUUGUGUGGAAGGCUCCGUGGAGUUUUCCAUUGGGUUGAGUUGACUUUUCCCACCAGGUACAGAGUUCCCUGGCAAGAGCGGCGAAAGGAGCGAGUGCCGCUCUAGGAGAGCCGCCGGGAUUGGUUUUUUUGCAGCAAUGGUUGAUGGGAUACCAUCAGGAGGACCGGGGGAGGAGAGUGGGCGGAGGAAAUGUCAAUCAAACAUCACAAUGGUUUUUACCCAACUCCACGAUAGCCCACAGUCACACAACAGUGGAGUUAGAACAUGUUGUGUGGGGAGUACCUCCUAGAAACUCAACCAUUGAGUAGAGUUUUCACCGUGCGUUGGCUAACGUGUUGUCUGAAUUGAGCUGUAAAGUUGCACCUUUUUAUAAGAACGCAAAAGCAUCCCUGCUGGAUCGCAUCAAACGUUCACCUAAUAGCGCCCCCUGUUCUGCUUCCGACGGCGUUCCUCCUCCUUAGUAUGCCCCCCUUUCAUCUAGUCCUUAGGGGUAUUACUGGCCCCGAACAAGGAGACUGCCUACAGCUAUCCUGAUUGAGGGGAGAUCUGAUAGCACUCUUCAAAUACUUAAGAGGUUGUCACACAGAGGAGGGCCAGGAUCUCUUCUCGAUCCUCCCAGAGUGCAGGACACGGAAUAACGGGCUCAAGUUAAAGGAAGCCAGAUUCCAGCUGGACAUCGGGAAAAACUUCCUGACUUUUAGAGCAGUAUGACAACGGAACCAGAGACCCAAGGAGGUUGUGGGCUCUCCCACACUAGAGGCCUUUAAGAGGCAGCUGGACAACAUCUGUCAGGGAUGCUUUAGGGUGGAUUCCUGCAUUGGGCAGGGGGUUGGACUAGAUGGCCUUGUAGGCCCUGUCCAACUCUGCUAUUCUAUGAUUCUAUGAAUGGCCACUGACAGACCUCUCCUCUAUGCAAUCCGUUGGCUGUCAUACUCUGGACCACCUGGCGUUGAAAUGGAACAUGCAAUUGCAUCCGGAUCAGUUGUUCACUAGCUGCCAAGUGGCUCAAUGCGUGGCUAAAGCCCACAGCAGCUGCGCUGUUUCGUGGAGACUGCCUGACUCGUGCAUUAGCAGCGUUUGGCUCUUCCCCCAGAAUAGGCUGAGGAACCUCAGUGCCCAUUUCCCCGCUGAAAAUGUGCGUUGCGUAAAGGAGAAGUCCUGAAUGAAUAAUGCAGUUUGGAAAUGGCUGUUUGUCCUUCAUGCGCGAGCUGCAACAUUCUGCCACAAGAGGUCACCAUCAUGCGCUCGCCCGGAAAGGAAAACUCACUUUGUAGUGGCAGAAAUUUAAUCCAGGACGCUGAGUACGUCUACACUGCUACUUCUAAACCUGCUUGACACCAGUUUAACCAUCUCAUCACCAGGUAACAAAACAUAUUAGGAAGAAAAUUGCUAGCCGUGGCAACAAUUCUCCUAAGGGAGUUAGAUCUCAAGCUGGUUUAAAUUUUUGGAGUAAAGGUUAUCCUUGAUCCUUUAGAUUCCAGGCCUUUAAAAACACCAACCACGCAGUCCUUCACAUUCUGAAAUCUGCAGCCAAUUGUCCAUUUCCCUAGCCACCACAGGCACCAGUGAAAAGUAAUAUAACUCAGUUGGGCAAAAAAAAAUGUAAUCAGAAUUUCUUUGGAAUGCAUCGGAACUCAUUUGCUUAAGUGCUCAAUGUAACACAGGUUUUCUCAUAACCUCAAUAUCAAUAUCCGUUCUUGGAAUCUGGUACACUCUGUGCUGCUUACUGUUGCUAACAUUAGUCAGAAAUCAACAGAAUAAUAAAAAGAUUAUCUUUGCUGUCA